AUGGGAGAACCAAAGGAACCGCCAUUCUUCAAUCUGCCACCGCUUCCUGCACAAAAUGCAGGACCUAGUGGCACGACAUCGGGAGAGAAAAUUAAAGAAAAAUCAGGAAAAAGCCAAGAAAAGCUGAGCAAAGAGGGGAAAGCAGGAAGUAAGGAACCGAUUGCUUCCAUUCCAACAAAACCUCCUCCUAAUCUUGGAGCUUUCAAAGCGCUCAUUGCCGUAACGUGGCUUUUGUUCAUUGCGUGUGUGGUUGGCUUAAUAUAUGUGAUUAUACAAUACAAAAUCGAUCGUGAAUCGUAG